AACAUGUCACCAAGGAGGUUUAAUACCUCCUUGAUGUUACGAGGGGUAUGCGAAUGCAAAAUUGUUGAGAAUCACGGUGUAUGGUGUAUGUUUCUUCGUUCUACAUUUCAAUGGUUGAGUUAUUGUGCUCACCUCAGCAAGUAUAACAGUACAAAACAAACCAGGGAGUACUACUGUCUUAUUGGAAAAGUUUUACCAAGGAGGUAUUAUAGUGAACUUAUAAGAGCUUAUAAUACCUCCAUGCUUUUACACAAGCGUAUCAAGCUAGUAGCUAUAGGCAGGCUACUCUUUUUGUUUACACGCGUGAUCAAACCCGGAAGUUAUCCAAUCUAACCAAAAGCCAACAUGUCGGUCAGCUUCUUAAAACACCAAAAGGCACUGGUUGACGCUUGGAAAAGUGUCUUAGAUAACGAUUCAGAUACAGUAUGGGCUGUAUUUGGUUACGAAGGAAAGACUUAUGAAUUAAAAGUUGUAGAAACUGGAGAUGAUCUUGAUGAGCUUGCUGAUGAGCUAAGUGGUAGUAAGAUAAUGUAUGCUUUCUGCAGUGUAAAGGAUCCAAACACAUCUCUGCAAAAAUUUGUUCUCAUUAAUUGGCAAGGAGAGGGUGCUCCAACUAAAGACAAAGGAACGUGUGCAAGACAUGUUACAGAUGUUGCAAAAUUAUUUAGGGGUGCUCAUGUAACAAUAAACGCAAGGUGCGAAGAAGAUGUUGAAGUAGACGACAUGGUAAAAAAAGUAGCAAAAGCAUCAGGUGCGAAUUAUAGUGUCCAUAAGGAGAAAGCAAAACCAAUGCCGGAAAUAGGAGUUGUAGGAGCCGUUUAUAAGAAGACCAGGGCUGAUCUUGAGAUUCAACAAAAUAGGAGUGAUGAAUUUUGGCAGAAAACAGAGGAAGAAGAAAGGCAAAGGGUUGCAAAAGAAAAAGACAACAAAAAUAAAGAAAAGCAAAAAAUUGAAGAAGAACGCAAAUUAAGAGAACAGGAUGAAGCAAGAAGAAGAGAAAGUGAACUUAGAGAGAAAUCUAACUUGAUCGAUCAAGCAAAAGCCAAAGAGAAAGCAGCAUUAGAAAAAUCAAGAGAAGAUGUGCAAAAACGAUGGGAAGCAAAGCAGUCAGAAGAUGCCAGCCCUGCAAGACCACAAGUGUCAAGCAGACGAAAGGAAGCUGCUGAAUUGGUAUCAUCACGAUCCAAUAAUCCAAGGGCGUUCUUUGAGAACAAAGCAAGUGCGCCCCCACCAAGGCCGCCUGUUAAAGCACCUGUUCGUAUACCAAGGGACAACUUUGUCCAAGGAGAAGUAGUUGACGCUGAACCAGAGCCUGAGCCAGUUGAAGAACCUGAAGCAAUUGAGGAACCGCCUGCUCUUCCCCCAUCAAGGAGGCCGGCUGAUGAGCCCCCUGCCCUUCCACCUUCAAGAGAGCCAGCCAAUGAACCUCCUGCUCUUCCCCCUUCAAGGAGGCCGGCUGAUGAGCCCCCUGCCCUUCCACCUCCAAGAGAGCCAGCCAAUGAACCUCCUGCUCUUCCCCCUUCAAGGGAGCCAUCUAGACCAGCAGCCCCGGUACCCCCAACCCCCUAUCGACAAGAUUCUGAAGAGGAGGAGGAAGCACAAGAUGAUUGGGGAGAAGAGCCUUCAAAUCAGCAGGUUCCUGAAGAUCCCUACGAACCAGAGCCAAUGUAUGACAACCUUGAAGACACUGCUGCAGAUACGGCAUACGGGUACGAGCCUAAAGACGAAGACCCUAAUGCUGUACAGGAAGAAGAACCUCAAGAGACGGGAGUGAAUAUCAGGGCCAAAGUGCUUUACGAUUACCAAGCAGAGGAUGAUUCAGAAUUGUCCUUCGACGUUGAUGACAUCAUCGAAAAUAUUGACAAGAUAGAUGAAGGUUGGUGGAUGGGAACGGGACCAGAUGGACGCUAUGGAAUGUUUCCCGCCAACUAUGUUGAAGAAUUGUAAACAAAUAGAAACUAUAAAAUUUAUUAAUAAACAGAAUUUAUGGGGAAAAAAGAAAAAAAAUAGAGAAAAAAAAAAUUAAAGUAAUUGAAUUGAGAAAGAUAUUUUUAAAAGCUUUAAGAAAAGCAUAGCUAAUGUUGAACAAUUUUGACAUUUUAUAUAUUUACAAAAUUGUGAUUUGUAAACGUAAUUCUUCACAAUUAUUGUGAAAUAAAGAACAAAUAGACCAACCAUUAUUAUCUAAGGCCCUUCAUGCAAAAAAAUAUAAUAUUGUGCCUUCAAAAAUUUUGGCCUACUCUUCCUAUAAAGAUAACUAAUAAUUAAAAUUUACAUUUGCAAAGUCAAAAUUAGCCUAAAUACUGGUGAUUUGUUUAUGUGAACAUACAAGCGAAUCAGUUCAUUAAAGGCAGCAUUUCCUGCUAAUAUAACCCCAACAUACUCUAUUAUUUUAGCACAUUUUAUGUAUAUACUGGGUCUCCUUCAUGGCGGCGCACAAUAUUUAAUUUACCAAGUUUACGUGUCAUAUUUUGCAUUAUCAUUUGAGAAGUAUUUUGCUUUGCCAGUCAAUAUUACUUGGUUAAAUACACUGGAUAUCAGUGUGAACAUCAGGGAUAACCCAAAAAUGUGGGGUCCUUCUGGUGAUUGGGAAGAACACCGGGAGACAAUCCCCUAUUCUUUUCAGAAGAGUGUACUGGGUUUUUUUUCCACAUGAGCCAUAAUGCUUACAGGCUUAACGGCUUGCACAUCUCGUCUGAAAGACGGUGGGUUUUUUUACUAGAAUUUUAGGCAGCUCGCUGAAACACAGGAGAGCAGCAGCGAAUGGACUUGAUCCGGGGUUUUAGAGAUCUCCCCAGUUCAGCACACACACAGUGGCUGUAUUAUCAAACACGAUACCUAGACGACGUACAAUAAAAAAAGAACUAUAAAAAAAUAUAUAAUUUAAGCCUAAAACAUUGUUUAUUAAUAUUACUAUUAUUUAUCAAUAUAUGUACAUUUCAGAUUUGACCAAUUAGAUGUAGGCCCACCAAUAAAUCAUACAGUACAAAGUAUUAGAUAUAUAUAUAUGAAAAAUUAAAACCUGAUUAAAAUAUGCAUAAUUUGCAAUAUUUUAAAGUUAAUAAUAAUUAAUAAUUUAGCACUUCUACAACGAAUAUUGCACAGUAUUUCUAGAAAAAUGCUGUAAAGAAGUGGAUUUUAUAAGAUCUUUUGAAGUCUUUUUUUGUUCCUGUAAAGUGUAUUGAAAUCUUUCCAUGGUUCAACAUGAGAAAACUAGUUCUUCCUCUACCAACAUUUUCUACAUUUAAUUUUCUACAUUUAUUAUGAAUUGUCUAUGUAAUAUUUCCUUUUUAAUGGAGAUUUUAGGAAUAAAUGCAGAUUUUUCAAUUA